AUGGCCACCAUGUUGAGACGUCCAUGGCAACCAAUGGACCCGGAGGCUCUGGACUGGGUACAGCGUUUGAAAGCCAGAUUUGUCAAGCUGUGUCUGGAUUUCUGGUCCCGUCUGGCCUGCAGCUCCCACACUUCUGCCUUUCCUGCCCGGAUCAACCAACACAUGGAGAGAUCUUGUGCUGCAGCAUCGCUACCUGUCUCUCCCACUGCGAGGCAAAGCCAGGCUGAGAUCCGCUGGGCGAAGACCCAGCUCAGCACCAGGAAGGCACCUUGA